AUGAAGCCAAUGAAAAAGGUGCAUGGUGUUUGUUCAAAAGCUUUAUCUCCAUUGGUGAUAUUUGAACAGCGUACAGUCGACCGUGAUCGGUACAUUAAAGAGGUGCUUUCUGUGGCAUUAAAAUAUGGAAAUCACGUCUUUGGAAAUGACUGGACAUUCCAACAAGAUGGUGCUAGACCACAUACUCAUCGGAUAACACAACAAUGGUGUCAUAGCAAUUUUCCAGGAUUUAUCGAUAAAGACCAUUGGCCACCAAAUAGUCCCAAUCUUAAUCCAUUGGACUACUAUAUUUGGGAUGAAUUUGUGAAAGUUAUCGACUGGAAUAAAGUGACAUCUAAACCAACCAUGAUUCAAGAACUAAAACGUGCGGUAAAAAAAAUUCGAAAAGAAGCUGUGUUUGAAAGUUGUGCUUGUUGGACCAAUCGAUUGUAUCGCAUGUCACAAAAUAAUGGAAGAUAUUUAAAAUAA